AGGCUGCUCAUGAAUUGUCUUUAAACACCGAAUAAGCCGCUCGCUCGUGCUCGUUUGGUCUGUGAUGCAAGACUAAAGAUUCAGAGAAGCAUCACAGCUGUUCUUGUGCAGGAAUGGAUCAGAUUCGUUUUGGGUGGGCACUCUCUGCUCCUCCUAUGGUAACUGACGAAAUCGUGGGUGGACAUGCAAUUUGAACUUGCUGCCGGCUCAUGUCUCCGUUCUUUUCGUUGGCACCAGUGGAAGUAAAAGCACUGAGGUUGUUCACUGGUGCUGGAGCAUCAGAGAUACUUGCCCGUUUUUGCAGGAACCUCCUAAAUUUGGGGAAGCCGAAGUUAAGAUUGUCUGCUGGGCAAACAUAACAAUACAAUUCGAGAUGUUAUUGGACAUUAAACACAUCCUCUGGUUAGUCUGUGUCUGCAGUGCUGUGUCUCAGGAUGACCCAGCACGUAGGAUGAGGGUGGAGAAAAGUCCGCCGGUUCGGGGGUCCUUGGCGGAGCAGGUGGUCCUGCCCUGCCAUUUCUCCAUCCUACCUCAACCCACUGGCACUCACAGCACCCCCGCAGCAUCCACGCCAUCCCAUCAGGACCAACUCCGUAUCAAGUGGACUAAAGUCGAUGGGGAAAAGGAAAUCAUUGUAGUGGUGGCCAAGAAUGGGUACAUCAAGAUCGCGCCAGAAUUCAAUGGAAGGGUAUCGGUGCCCAGCCACCCGGAGGAUGUGGGCGACGCGUCUCUGACCAUCGGGAAGCUCAGGGCCAGUGAUGCAGGGGACUUCCGCUGUGAGGUUAUUCGUGGCAUUGAGGACACUCAAGCUUUGGUCACCCUGGGUGUCAGCGGUGUUGUAUUUCAUUAUCGUGCCAACAGCAGUCGUUACACAUUAGAUUUCGAAAGCGCCAAGCAGACCUGCACCGAUGUGGGCGCGACCAUUGCCACCGUUGAGCAGCUAUAUGCGGCUUACGAGGACGGGUUCGACCAGUGCGACGCCGGCUGGCUGGCGGACCAAACUGUCAGAUACCCGAUAACAAGGCCAAGGGAAGGUUGCCAUGGAGAUAUGAUAAUGAAGCCAGGAGUUAAAACAUAUGGAAUCAGAGAUCCAACAGAAACGUAUGAUGUGUACUGCUAUGCUGGGACACUUCAGGGUGAAGUGUUCUUCGCUCCUGGUGAUGCUAAGAUGACUCUGGAUGAAGCCAGAGAGGCGUGUGAGAGAGAGGAUGCAGUUUUGGCAUCUCCAGGUCAUUUGCACGCAGCCUGGAGGGAAGGCAUGGACCGCUGCGACUACGGCUGGCUGUCUGACGGCAGCGCACGCUAUCCUGUCUCUGUACCCAGAAUGAAGUGCGGCAAAGGACAACUGGGCGUAAGGACUUUGUAUCGCCACCUCAACCAGACAGGAUUUCCAUUACCGAGUCAAAAGCUUAAAGCUUUUUGCUUUAAAGCGAGGGAACUCACAACUGUACCCACAACUGUCUCCACAUUUGUGCCCACCACAGCUCUGAUCCCCGAAACCCUUCCCAUCUCCAUCGUAAAGGAGACACCGACUCAGACCCAUGAUUUCACAGAAGAGCCGCCAUCCAUGUUCUCAACAAGCAUGGCUCCACGUGACACAGUCACCACUUUAAAAGCUGUCACAGUUGCACCGUCUGAAAAUGAGGAAAGUUGGGAUGUGACAACACCACUCAGUGACUAUGAAGAUAAAGAUGGCUCUGUGGUACAGUCAGUACCUUUAUCUCCUUAUUCAGAUUCACCAUUCGCUAGUCAGUUACCUAGUCAGCCCACCACAGGGGAUGAACCAUUGGACACUCCUAAUGUGGAAUUCAGUGGCUCUGAGGCAAGCAGCGGAGACGUGGACACUCCUGUGAUUGAGCUUUCUACCAUGCCAGGGUUUGUCAGUGAGCCAGAAAGACCAGCCAUCGUUUAUAAAGAGAACAUAACCACCGCAGACAACACGACUGAAGAAGACCUGCUCAUUCCAGCAUCCACCACGAUAGUGCCAGGUUUGAAUGAAGAAGUCGUCCAUCCUGAGUUUGUCGAACCGACGUCAGCCGUCGACCUUCCUCUAAGCACAGAGAAGCAGGAUCCAUUUCUGAAUGUCUUAUUUUUGGACAUUUUCAAGGCAAAUCACACAGAUGUUCUAAAAUUCAUCGAAGAACCAGGGAGCUUUCCCCAAGUACCUCUUGCAUCUGGUGAAAAUGAGUCUCCUCUGGCCAGCGGAGAUGUCGAGACAACUUCUGUUAACAUCACUCCAGAACUAAGUUUCAUCAAUGGAAAAUACGAGCUGACUUUGAAACCGGACACUGAACAAACUCAGGAGGCUAGAGGAGACCAGUUUGAUACCGCUAUCCCACCAACAGAAAAAACCCUCCAUGAUUACGAGAUAGACGUGACUACAGAGGAGGCGGAGAGCAUCACAUCUGAGAUUGAGGAAUCUGUCUCAACGGAGGGAAGCCCAUUCGAUCCCCAUAUCACAACGACAGAAAGCUCUAAAAUUAUACCCGAGACAGAGUCACUCCUAUAUACAACCAAAUCCCCAACCCAUGAGAAGUCCUCAGAGGCUGCAACAGUUAGCAUGCCAAUGUCUGAAGGUGGUUCCGGUAUGCGGCCAGAUGAUGAUGAAGAUCUUAAUACCACAGAAGGUUCUGCGGAUGAUGUGUUCCCAACAAGGAAAUUUCAAGGUCCAGAUGUAGUGGCUACUGAUGAGACAGAAAUUGGUGAACCGGAAAAGACUACAGAGAAAUUUAACGUAGAGUGCUUUACUAAGGGACCUUCUCCCACAUUUCAAAGUACUGCAGAACCAUCAGAAGCUGGCGCUGUUGAUGUAAAAAAGCACCCAGAUGCAGAAGAUUUUGAGGGAUCGACUUCAGCUGAAGAAGAUGGCUCAGGACAAGAUUUAUAUCCAACUGACGAAGUGAAAGAUCCAACAUUAUCACCAGCUUCUACUCUUUCUUCUCAUAGCUUCACAAUUAGCACUGUUACUGAAGUGCAACAACAACCUAUUAGUUUGGCCAUGUCCACUACAGAACCCAGUGUGGUAUUGUCUCCUGAAAUAGAGGGAGUCUCCGAAGAAGGUUCUGCCUUUACCAACGAAUCUCAGAGCGAAAACAAGGAGACAACUAGUCGUUUGUUAGUGCCUGAAAUCGAAAAUUACACAACCAGCAUUUUCACUAUUACUGAGGACAUGGGCUCUGGCGAUCGGCCGGGCGAAGUGUUCACAAAGGAUCCUCUCCUUGCUUCUACUGCUGCGUCUCUUCCUAUUCAACAAACUGAAGAAACAAAGAUCGCCACAACUGAUGAUGAUAAAAAAGGACUUGAGGGUUCUGGAGAAGACAUGACAUUGUUGAGUUUUGGUUCUACUCAAACACAGACGACACCCAUGUUGUCAACCCUAAGUUCAGUGACCGCAAUCCCAACUGAUGCUCCUGAAGCGAUUUCCUCACAGGAAACGGUUCUUAUCCAAGCAGUACCUUCAGGAGAGACAACUACCUCAGUAGAGACUUCAGAGGAUAUUACAAGCUCAGGGCAGACAACAGAGGAGGCAAACACCUUAGUGCAGGCAUCAGAGGAGAAAACAACUACAGUGAAGACACCAGAGGAGACAACAACCACAGUGAAGACACCAGAGGAGAAGGAGGCAAACACCUCAGUACAGACUUCAGAGGAUACUACAGGCUCAGGGCAGACACCAGAAGAGGAGGAGGCAAACACCUCAGUGCAGGCAUCAGAGGAGACAACAACCACAGUGAAGACACCAGAGGAGACAACAACCACAGUGAAGACACCAGAUGAGACAAGCACCUCAGUUAAGGCAUCAAAUGAGACAGACACCCUAGUGCGGACUACAGAGGAGACAAAAACCUCAGUGAUGACACCAGAGGAGACAGACACGUUAGUGGAGUCGUCAGGAUCAGAGGCGACAGAAACCUUCGUGAAGAUGUCAGAAGAGACCACCACCUCGAUGCGGACUUUAGAGGAGACAACUACCUCAGUGCAGGCAUCAGAGGAGACAACAACCACAGUGAAGACACCAGAGGAGACAACAACCACAGUGAAGACACCAGAUGAGACAAGCACCUCAGUUAAGGCAUCAAAUGAGACAGACACCCUAGUGCGGACUACAGAGGAGACAAAAACCUCAGUGAUGACACCAGAGGAGACAGACACGUUAGUGGAGUCGUCAGGAUCAGAGGCGACAGAAACCUUCGUGAAGAUGUCAGAAGAGAUCACCACCUCAAUGCAAACUUUAGAAGAGACAACAACCUCAGUGAAGAUGUCAGAAGAGAUCACCACCUCAAUGCAAACUUUAGAAGAGACAACAACCACUGUGAAGACAUUAGAAGAGACAAACACGUUAGAGGAGACUUCAGAGGAGACAAAAUCAGAAAUAACCUCAGUUCCACCAUCUGAUGAGACAAAAACCUUGGAGCAGACUUCAGAAGAAACAAAAACGUUAGUGCAGACUUCAGAGGACACAACAACCUCAGUGAAGACACCAGAGGAGACAAACAUGUUAGACGAGACGUCAGAAGAGACAAUCACCAAGAUGCAGAUGUUAGAGGAGACAACAUCAUCACUGCCCCCUUCAGAGGAGGCAACAGCCUCAGUGAAGACAUCAGAGGAGACAAAACAAGAUGAUUACUCCACAGAGAAACCUCUCACAUCAUCUAUUCCAGUUUCCAGUCCUUCCAUCGCAGAUGUUUCUGAAGGACUGCUUGAAUCCGUCCAGAUCUUGGAUGAAAAAGUGGUUACAGAAGACCUCACUACCAUCAAAUCUCCAACAACCGUGCCAUUCACAGAAGAUUUAGAUUAUGAAAAUGCAGGAGGUCCUUCCAUGGUAGAGUCACAACCACAACCAAGAAAAGAGCUUACCACAAGUCAACCAGAGUCUUGGACUGAUGUCUUACAAGACCUCCAGCAUUGCUCGGUCAAUAUGUGUGAAAAUGGUGGAACUUGCUACUCUAUUGACAGAGGAAACUUUUGCGUCUGCAUGCUGGGAUUUAGCGGAGGACAUUGUGAAAUUGACAUUGAUGAAUGCCAGUCAAACCCUUGCCAUAAUGGAGCUACUUGCAUUGAUGGGCCAAACUCCUUUUCAUGUGUCUGUCUGCCCAGCUAUUUUGGAGCUCUCUGUGAACAAGAUACCCAACAUUGCGACUACGGCUGGUCCAAGUUUCAGAGUCACUGCUAUAAGUACUUUACACAGCGGCGUACAUGGGAAGCGGCAGAGAGAGAGUGCCGUAUUCAGGGUGGACAUCUCACCAGCGUCCUAUCUCAGGAGGAGCAGACCUUUGUAAAUCGUUUGGGACAUGACUACCAGUGGAUUGGGCUAAAUGAUAAAAUGUUUGAUAAUGAUUUCCGCUGGACCGACAGAAACCCUAUGCAAUAUGAGAACUGGAGAGAUGGUCAGCCAGACAACUUCUUCUCUUCGGGCGAAGACUGCGUGGUGAUGAUUUGGCACGAAAACGGGCAGUGGAACGAUGUGCCGUGUAAUUACCACCUGACCUUCACCUGCAAGAAGGGCACAGUGUCCUGCGGUCAGCCUCCUGUCAUGAAGGACACCCAUAUGUACGGCAGCUUGAAGCCACGCUACGAGGUGAACUCGCUGGUGAGAUACCAUUGCAAGAAAGGCUUCAUUCAGAGACACGUACCCACCAUCAGAUGCAGAGAGGACGGCAACUGGGAGACGCCCAAAAUCACAUGCUUAAAUCCGUCUGCUUACCAGAAGGCAUACGCGCACAAACAUCAAAACAAUAACUUUUACAACAACAACGGCAAGAGUCUCCACGAGUUGACAGAGGUCAGUCAACACUGGUCAAAAACAGACACCAAACAUUGAUCUCCAAACAGAUCAACAGAUAGAGAAAUCUUUUGGUCCGAAGGGACGAAGCCAAAUCAUACAAUAUGUGCCUGAUGAAUGUUUAAAAGUGGAGAUGUGAAUUACCCUGAGGGACUGCAAGAAGAAAACACAAAAUCAUCCACCCAAGAGAGUGUACUUUAUAUUUUUGACUAUGCAAUAGAAAUUAAAUCCAUUUGUUUCGACGUACAUUGGUUGUAAUGUAUAUAGGAGAUAUAUUGAUCACACAAUUGAAGAGCUGUGAAUGGUGACUGUUUAUAACUCUUUAACUUUUAUUUCAACUUUACAUGCCAAGUUUCAUAUGCAAAUAAACAGACAAGUAUGCAUGCACGAGGAGUAACAGCAAAAGCUGUCAUAUUGUUUUGUAUUGAUGGGUUGGGAAAGGGAUGUCACAGGCAACAAUUGUUGACUGAAAACCUACAUCAUCAUCAUCAGCAUCCAAAUAACAAAACCCAUGGUGCACUCUCAUGAUCAAAUUUACAUAUGGCAUCAAGAUAUAUCGCCUAUUUUUUUUUUUUAAAUAUGUGGUUUGUAAUAUAUAACCAUUUUUACCUUUUUAUAAAAAAAUGAAUGUCAUGGUAAAAUAUGAAUACUGUAUGUGUGGUUGAAUGUGCUAGCCGUUUUUGUUGUCGGACACUAUUACAAAUGUUAUACAUGAAGCCAUAGAAGUUUAAUUUAUUGCUGAAAAUACAAUUUAACGAUGAACGAACUGUGAGAUUUUUUGUUUUUAAUAAAGUGUUAUUGGAAUAUUA